CGCAACAAGUCGCGCCUGUGGGCACCUGAUCCAGACGAGGCGCUCGUGUCCAGGGUGAUGAUGGAGAGCGCGGUUUACCCCCCGGCGAGGAUUUUCGGCACCCCUUCACCAACUACGGCGGGAGGAAGUAUGGUUACCAACUCUAAACCCCUGGCGUUCUCCAUCGAGCGGAUUAUGGCCAGGACGCCGGAACCCAAGUCGAUGCUGUCUCUCACGAACUCUGUGCAGCACAGUGCUGCGGGAAAGGCCGACACAAGGCCCUCACUCGCUGUGACUCCAUCCCCGCUGCACUGCGUGCUACCCCUCAUGCCGCUCACCUACGAGCCCGCGCACAAACUUCACAGAAUAGAGUCGAGUCGCAUCGAGCCGGAGUUUCCCUACAGCGCCGGCGAGCUUCUGAGCAUCGGCGCCAACGCCAAGGGCGAUCAGCGGGACGCAGCACCGGCGAUUGGACAGUAUAAACUUUUUCGGCCACGGGUACUUUCGCACUCAUCCGUGCACACCGCCGCUGCCGCCGUGUGCUACGUGAACUGUGGGGAGAGCGCAUGCGCGCCUCCGCCCGCCGCCCUGCUCAACCUGCACCCGGUGGCCUCGUACCUGUUGAACACCCCGUUACACACUCGCCACAAAAGCCUGCUGACGGAAAAAAGCAGAGGGGCGCACGGCCUGGACUCUUACCCCGGAGCGCUGGCGCUGAAGGAGCUCUCUCACUCUCAGCUGCAGCAUUACAUGAAGGAGGGCGCGCACAUCCUCUCUGAGAAACUGUUCAAGAGCUCCGCCAAGUUACACUCUGCUUCUCCACCAGCCAAAGCUAAAGUGUUCACUUGUGAAGUGUGCGGCAAGGUGUUCAACGCGCACUAUAAUUUAACCCGCCACAUGCCCGUGCACACCGGAGCCAGACCGUUCGUGUGUAAAGUGUGCGGCAAAGGAUUUCGUCAAGCAAGCACACUCUGUCGCCACAAAAUUAUUCAUACUCAGGAAAAGCCGCAUAAAUGCCAUCAGUGUGGGAAAGCGUUUAACCGGAGCUCCACUCUUAACACACACGCGCGCAUCCACGCAGGAUACAAACCAUUUGUGUGUGAAUUUUGUGGAAAGGGAUUCCAUCAAAAAGGCAAUUAUAAAAAUCAUAAAUUGACGCACAGCGGCGAGAAACAGUUCAAGUGCAAUAUCUGCAACAAAGCCUUCCACCAGGUUUACAACCUGACUUUCCACAUGCACACGCACAACGACAAGAAACCCUUCACGUGUCCCACAUGCGGCAAAGGCUUCUGCAGGAACUUCGACCUGAAGAAACACAUAAGAAAACUACACGACGCUUCACCGGACCCGCUCUCACCAACAGAGCAGCGUGAAGCCCAGUGA